AAUUAUUUUGAAAGUCUAGCAUUUGCAUUCAGUUGCAGUUUUAUCAGAAUUUUUUUUUUUAAAUUCACCUCCAUGUUGCACUUUUAUAUUUUAUUAAUGUUUUUCUGUUAUGUUAUCCACCCAAGUUAUAAUGGAAGCCAAUUCUUUUAACUCAAUCGAAAGCUAUCGCUAUCACAUCCACAAUUAUUCCCCUUUGGCUGUUAAAUCUUUUAUUUCUGAAAUCCAAAAAUACCCGAUUAUAUUCUCGUCAAAAAAAGUAUUAACUUUGCGUAAGGAACUUGUCGAAUUUGCAUGGACAAGAAUAACUGUAGCUUUAUUGGAUACAGUUGUUCCAACUCAUCAAAAGAUUGCUCUAAUAAAUCUUGAAUAUUGGAACCAAAGCUUUCGUCAACUUUGGAAAUGGAUGGUUGACAUUUAUAUAAAAGAACAAAGUCAAAGCCGAUUGAAGAGCGCCAAAAUUUUACGUUUUAUGAGAUAUCAAUGGCUUGAGUUUAUGAGUUUCUUAGAUCCCCACAUUAGACAUUGUGGAGGCUUAUCUUACCAACAGGAAAUUGAUUCACAAAUCAAUUCAAACAUUCGCUUGGAAGUUCUACCAGCUGAAACAAAAGUAAUCCACCUAGAUCCUGGCAAUCAUAUCAUUCUUUGGCUAAGAAAGUUUUCCGAAUCAAUGAAUGCCAAAAAUAUGUGCAUUUCCGUUUGUAUGGAAAUUCAAAGAUGCUUCUCUCCACCGUUGCCAAUGGGACUCGAAGCAAUGUUUAAACAAGAUGCUGAUAUUGAUGAGUCACAAUUGGUGAAAUAUGUUGACAGUCCUAAUUUAUAUCAACAACCACAGCCACAAAUUCGAUAUCUUCCAUCGGUGAUUAGAAAAGAAAAACAAGCUAAAAGGAAUUCGUCACAACUUGUGCCAUUUGAAACGGUUAUUGAUAAGGAUUAUCAGUAUAUUAUGUCGUUGUAUGAAAAACUUGUGCCAUUGGAACCAGCUAGGAAAUCUAAAGUUAAGAGAUUGAUGAUUCUUGCUUUAAUUGAUGCUCUUUAAAAUUUUUUUUUUUUUGUAAGAUUAAUGUACUUUUAUAUUUUUUAAAUAAA